UGCCCGGCUAUUCCUAACCUUAGCGGAUUCCCCUCUCCACGCGUUGAGCCAACAUCCAACCAUGCACCGGCUAUUGUUAUACUUGAGCGGAUAUCGCGCAUUCGUUGGUAUACAUCAGUGAAUCAGGAAGGCGGAGGCAGCAUGAUCCGGCUAAUCCUUACCUAUGCGGUUCUCUAAGAACCCGACUGCAUGUCGGACAUUUGUCCGUCGACUCGUACUUUCAGCCAAUUGAAAGCCAACCACCACACCUUAUCGGAGACCUAUAUAUCGACUUCCCCUCCCCGCGUUGAUUAGAACUUCUCAUCCUUUCUUCUCUACUGCAACAUACAAAUAAAGCCGAUGAUGAGCACGUGAAUUGGCUCUCAGUACUCGAACUACUGUAACUCUGGAACGAGUUCUUAUCAAGAUGGCACCUCCGCACCCAUUCGAUCCCCUCACUCCGGGGGAGAUUGCUAAGGCCGCAAUCAUUGUACGCAAGGAGCUCCACGGAAAAGAUCCCAAUUUUCGUGUGAUCACUCUCCAGGAGCCGCCCAAGCAGGAGAUGAUCUCGUUUCUGGAAAGUGAACUUUGCGGAAAAAGUCGUGCACGACCAGUUCGAGCUGCACGCGUUCAAGUCACCGUUCGAGGCAAUUCGAAGCCCGAUGAGAUGAUCGAACUUAUUGUUGAUUUGACCUCUGGAUCUAUCAUUAAGAAAGAGCAUCUCAAGGGAAGGCACCCUUAUAUCGACUCCGCUUAUAUGCUUGCCGCCGAGAAGGCGUGCAGAGCAGACCCAAGAAUUGAAGCAGAGAUUCAAAAGCUUAAACUGCCAGAAGGUGCUCAAGUUGUUGUCGAGCCGUGGGCAUACGCGACUGAUGGGAUGACUGACGUGUCUGAACGUACUACGAUGUGCUGGUUCUAUCUGCGUUUACUCAACCACCCAGAUGCAAACUACUAUGCAUAUCCACUCGAUCUAUGUGCUGAGGUUUCUGAGCACCUCAAAGUCACUAAGAUUUAUCAUCUACCCUCUGCUGAGGAUGAGCGUAUCCGUGAAGUCGCACGGCCGUAUGAUCAUAGCAAAGCCCACUCGCCCGAGCUCAGCGAGUAUCAUCCUGAACUGCGGCCUCCACCGCGCACUACCACGAAGCCAUAUCAAGUAGUUCAGCCCGAAGGCCCUUCGUUCAAAGUGGAUGGCAACCUUCUUAGCUGGGAGAAGUGGACCGUGCGUGUGGGUUUCAAUUAUCGUGAAGGCCUCACCUUACAUGAUAUCAGGUACGAUGGUCGGAGCCUCUUCUACCGUCUAUCGCUGUCGGAGAUGUUCGUUCCUUACGGAGAUCCCCGAACGCCGUACCCGCGCAAAGGAGCCUUUGAUCUUGGGAAUGAUGGCGCUGGCAUCAACGCUAAUAACCUACGCCUCGGCUGUGACUGCCUCGGUACGAUUAAAUAUUUUGACGGUUGGCAUAACACUGCCUCGGGUGAGCCCCUCAAGCUCCCCAAUGUGGUAUGCUGCCAUGAGCAGGAUGAUGGAAUCCUUUGGAAGCAUACCAACCAUCGCACGCAAAAUGCCGUCGUGACUCGCUCGCGCAUUCUGGUGCUGCAGACCAUCAUCACAGUUAGCAACUACGAGUAUAUCUUCGCCUUCCACUUUGGUCAAGAUGCGUCCAUCCACUAUGAAGUGCGUGCAACCGGAAUCCUGUCGACCUGUCCCAUCAACAAUGGUGAUCAGGUAGGCUAUGGCACGGUCGUCGCGCCAGGCGUACUCGCUCCUUACCACCAACACCUCUUCUCUCUCCGCAUUGACCCGGCGAUCGACGGGUACACCAACUCUCUCCAAGUCGAGGAAUCCCACGCUAUGCCCAUCAACGAUCCAAAGGUGCACAACCCCCUCGGCGUGGGCUAUACGACAAAAUCCGAGAUCAUCACCAAAGAAGGCGGACACGACCUCGACUUUGCCAGCGGCCGCACUUUCAAAAUUAUCAACGAGAAACAAAUCAACCCCAUCACUGGCACUCCCGUGGGAUUCAAGUUGCUCCCAUGCUAUAGUCAGAUGCUCCUAGCGCAUCCACAAUCCUACCACGCACGACGCUCUGAAUUCGGCAGCCACGCAGUCUGGGUGACUCGAUACCAAGACGAUGAGCUAUUCCCAUCAGGCCAGCACACGAUGCAGUCUCUUGGUGGGGAGGGUAUUAGCUCGGUGAUUGCGCAACGCAAGGACGAUCCUGCUGCGUCGAAUGUACGUAAUGAAGAUAUCGUGAUUUGGCACACGUUCGGGUCAACUCAUAAUCCACGCAUUGAAGACUGGCCGGUAAUGCCUUCGGAGAAGAUGGUGGUGGGGUUGAAACCGGUCAAUUUCUUUACGGGAAAUCCGGGUCUGGAUGUUGCAGUCUCGACGCAGGAGAAGAAUAAGAGUGUUUUGGCUGACGAUGGAGCUGGAUGCAAGACAGGCGUUUGUCCGCGCUUGUAAACUACACCCGUCUGGUCAGAGAAGCGCAUAUGCAUUACGCCCGUUGAUGAGAACAGUCAGAUAGGGGGCGGAUAGAGUAAAUCGAGAUGUAGAAGAAUUUGAGGGUCACUCUGUCCAUUCGUUUUAGAGAUGACCUCGUGGCAAUCUGGAAGAUAAUAUAAGCCCCACAGAUAUCACAGUA